GUGUUGAAGGAGAAACAUGGUCCGUGUUCCGAGUCUACCAGACGAAAAUAUUCGCAACAUGGAAACUCAACGCCAUUGUAACUGCAGUCGGCUACCAUUUCUUGGCAAGUUUUGUGCACCUGGUGAAAGUGGACAUAGAGUUAUGAAUUAUUUCAGCAAAAAUAUUAAGCAAGUUUAAAAUGACGUCGAUCAAAGAAGACGAAAAGAAAGAAAUACCGGAAAUUAUACACGAUCCCCAAACAAACUGCACCUAUCAGAGGUUACGAUUUUUCGGAAAGGGUGGCUUUGCAAAAUGCUAUGAGAUCCAAGACAUAGCCACAAGCCAAAUAUGGGCGGGGAAGAUAGUUUCCAAGAAACUGAUGGUGAAGUCCAGCCAGAAGGAGAAGAUGGCGCAGGAGAUCUCCAUCCACCGUUCCCUGCAGCACAAGCAUGUGGUCGGCUUCCACAGCUUCUUUGAAGACUCACUCAAUAUCUACAUCAUACUGGAGCUGUGUAAGAGACGGUCUAUGAUGGAGCUGCACAAGAGAAGAAAAGCAAUUACGGAACCAGAGACAAGGUUCUACAUGCACCAGAUACUCCUUGGCGUGCAGUACCUGCAUAACAUGCGCAUCAUCCACAGAGAUCUGAAGCUUGGCAACCUGUUCCUUGAUGAUGACCUUCACGUUAAGAUUGGAGACUUCGGAUUGGCUGCUAGGAUUGAAUAUGAUGGAGAAAGAAAACAAACGCUAUGCGGCACUCCGAACUACAUAGCGCCGGAGAUUCUGACGAAGAAGGGGCAUUCCUUUGAAGUAGACAUCUGGAGCCUGGGCUGCAUCAUGUACACUCUGCUCGUUGGCAAGCCGCCGUUUGAGACGUCCACGCUCAAGGACACUUACAAGAGGAUCAAACAGUGCGAGUACAGUGAGGGGGUGCACCUCGCGAUGAGCGUGUGUUGCUCGGGGCCCUGGCACUCACUGGGUAGUCGGUACGCGCGCGCGUUAGUCAACGAUAAUACCGUCAACCAGCGCUACAGGAUCCCGUCAUCGCUGCGCAAGCCGGCGGCGUCGAUGAUAGUACUGCAGCUGCAGUCGAACCCGGCGCGGCGUCCGUCAGUAGACCGGCUUCUGCAGCACGAGUUCUUCUCGUCCGGCAUCAUGCCUGCCGCUCUGCCGCUGUCCUGCCUCACCACCGCGCCUAGGACUGAUCAGUUGGAAGGCGUCGCUCUGCACCGCAGGCCACUCAACGAGGUUAACUCUAAUGUUACAGAUCACGUGGCGAUGGCGUUGGACUCGCCGGUGAAGCGCGAGGCUAUCGGCGCCGAGCCGCGCGCGGUGGAGCCCACCUCGCACCGACAGAACCUGUUCGCCUUGCGCGAUCAGCUCGCUGCACUGCUUGUUAGCAAGCUGAAAUGCCGUCCGGAAUGUCUGACAGACGACAUGAGCGACCCCGCGGCCCAGCCGCUGGUCUGGGUGGGCAAGUGGGUGGACUACAGCGACAAGUACGGCUUCGGCUACCAGCUGUGCGACGAGAGUGUCGGAGUCAUGUUCAACGACACCACCAAGCUUAUUAUGUUGGCUAAUGGACUGAACGUGCACUACAUCAACCGGCAGGGCCAGGAGCAGUACAUGACGAUGCGCGAAUACCCGCAAGAGCUCGACAAGAAGAUGAAACUCCUCACUUAUUUCAGGAGAUAUAUGACUGAACACCUUAUGAAAGCUGGUGCGUCAGUGCCAGUGAGAGAGAGUGACGGACUGUCCCGAUUGCCGCAUCUGCACCAGUGGUUCAGAACCACGCUGGCAGUCAUUAUGUACCUGACUAACGGAACACUACAGAUUAACUUCCAAGACCACACGAAGAUAAUCCUGUGUCCGCUCAUGCAAGCCGUCACAUACAUUGACGUGGAGAAGAACUUCCGAACGUUCCGCUUUAGCACAAUCGAAGAGCACGGCUGUGAUAAGAAGCUCUACACUAACCUCACUUACGCACUGGAGAAACUGAACAGUGUACUGGCCAAUAAGCUCUGCUAGUCGCUAUUUUACUGUACUUCUGGAACAUAAUAAUUAUUUAAAUGAAUUUUACUAUUGUCUAUACUUAGACAAGUUCGUGCGAGAUUUCAUCGUCUGCAGUCUAGGGUUUAGUACACUUGAGGUGAUUCUACACCCAUUGUUUCGUUUGUUACUUUUAUUAGCAACAUACAUGAUUUUGUUAGAGUUUAUUUCGUCUCAAAAAUCAAUUUCAGUACUGUUUUUUAAAGAAAUGCUUUUUUUUGUCCACCGGUUUAUCUCUAUUAUUAUUAUUUAUUUAGUAGCCUUCUUGUAAACUAUAAGCAUUGUUGGUCUAUGUCAACACUGCUUAUUUUUAUCACUAAUGCCAUUUUAGAUUUCGUAUCUAAUAUCUAAGUUGCUGGUUUAAUAGUGAGUACACUUACUAUAUAUACUUCCAGCUUCGCUAUUCUGUCCUACCUUAGAUAUCUAAAUCACAACAUAAACUUAUGGACACCUUGUUGCAUUCAUGAUUGAGUAUGAUAAGUUAAAUUUUAGUUAAACCUCUUGACGUAUGUAGUUGAUAGAGAGCACCAUGACUGAGGGCUGCGGUGCGAGCGGGUUGCGUUUGGAGUUUUUUAUUUAGUUUUAUAAUUAUAACUAUAUUUUUAUAACUUGUUUCUGUGCUUCAGUAACAUCGGAUAAUACCGAGUUAGUUGAUUAACAUAGUUACAUGCACCAUCGAGAAGACACUACUACAUCAUUAAUUUCUAAAUUACAAAAACACCAAAAGCUGGUGAUGUGAAGCGUCAGUAUUAUUACAAAUUCGAUGGUGUUGAAGCACUUCUGAUUUGUAACACAAGUUUCUCAGAGGUCUGUUACCUCACUCUCUGUAAUAUAAACAUAACUAUUUGACAAUAAAGUUAUUAGGAAAAUAAAA